AUGGAGAAUCUUACUUUUGCCUUUGCUCUUUCAAUCUUGUUAUUCAAUAGCUUUGCCCUCUCCUUGAAUUCCAUCACAGAUAAACAAUCACUUAUUUUCUUCAAAAACUCAAUCACUUCCAACCCUUACACUAUCUUGAGCACCAAUUGGUCGCAAAACACAUCAGUCUGUAGUUGGAUCGGUGUGUCGUGCGGCCUCAAACAAGGCCGUGUCACUGCUCUCGAUCUCUAUGGCUACGGCCUUGCUGGAACUCUUGCUCCACAUCUCGGAAACCUAACGUUUCUUAGAUAUUUGGACAUCAGUAACAACAGUUUUACGGGGAUCUUACCCUUUGAGCUCUCUAAACUGCGUCGUUUGAAGGUGAUGAAUGUGGGAGACAAUUCAUUCACCGGAGAAAUACCAACAUGGUUGGGCAGUUUACCUAAACUGGAGGCACUCUAUCUGUACAAUAACUCUUUCUUAGGUAAAAUUCCUUCAUCUUUGUUUAACAAUUCCAAGCUCCAAACAUUACAAAUAUUACACUUGCACUACAAUAAACUGAAUGGGUCCAUACCACAUGGUAUUUUCAAUGUCUCUUCACUUAGAGACAUUAGAAUUAAAAGUAAUAGCCUAUCAAGUUGGCUUCCAAGUAAUAUGUGCAACAAUAUGCCCAACAUCCAAAUAUUGUCACUCUCUUAUAACCGAAUUGAAGGACAGAUUCCGUCAAAUAUAUGGAAAUGUACACAUCUUGAGAUCUUGUCAUUAUCCUUCAACAAUUUUAGUGGCAACAUCCCACACCAAAUUGGCAAAUUGAGAUUUCUUACAACAUUGUACUUGGGGUACAAUAAUGGCUUUCCAGGAGGAGUUCCACCAGAAAUAGGGAAUCUUACAAAGCUAGAGAUAUUAAACAUUGAUGACGCUUCUCUAACCGGAAACAUUCCAUUUUCAAUCUUCAACAUGUCUUCUUUGAAAAUGUUGAGUUUCUAUGACAAUAGUUUGUCAGGAAGUAUCCCAAAUUUCCAAAAUCUACCACGGCUUAAGGCAUUGUAUCUCGAUUACAACAAGUUCACAGGAUCCAUUCCACCAAUAAUGGGAAACAUGAAGGCAUUCUCCGUGUUAUCUCUAUCAAAUAACAGUUUAGAAUGGGACAUCACCUCAACUACAUUUCCAAAGAAUUGUAGUCUUCUAGCACUCAAUUUGAAUGGUAAUAAGUUGGAAGGAGCAUUACCUCAAUCCCUUUCCAAUUGUCUAAAUCUGAUCUAUCUUGAUGUUGGAAACAAUAGAAUUCAUGACACCUUUCCAAUUUGGACCGGAAAUCUCACUGAUCUUAGCAUCCUGGUAUUGAGAUCCAACAAUUUUAGUGGUACUGUUUCUUCUCUCACUGCCAAGACUAUGCUUCCAUUCCCCAAGCUCCAUAUUUUCGAUAUAUCCCAUAAUGCAUUCAUUGGAAAUUUUCCAAAUGAAUAUGUGAGGAAUUUCAAAGAGAUGAUGGAUGUACACGAGGAUUAUCGAGAAGAACAACUCGGGUUACCAUUUUACACAGAUUCAUUCACAUUAACACUAAAAGGUAUGGAUCGAAUAUUGCGAAAUAUUCAGAAAACCUUAACGAUUAUAGACAUGUCAUCCAACAGAUUCUCAGGCAGUAUCCCAAACUCCAUAGGAAAAUUGAAGUCCUUGAUAUAUUUGAAUCUGUCUCGCAAUUGCCUCACGGGAGUUAUACCUUCAUCUCUUGGAAACGUGAGUGCACUCGAGGCUUUGGACCUGUCUUCGAACCAAUUGGUGGGGGAAAUUCCAACAGAGCUAACAAAGCUCACAUUUCUUUCGGUGAUGAACCUCUCCAUGAAUAAUCUUUCAGGGAUGAUACCUCAAUCCAAUGGCCAGUUUUCCACGUUUGAAAAUACAUCAUAUGUUGGGAAUUCUGGACUGUGCGGACUUCCAUUGACACAAAAAUGUGAAGGGCCUUCGCCUCCAGUGAUGCUGCAAGAAGAAGAUGAUGAUGAUUAUGGUAUUCUAAACGGGUUCUGUUGGCAGGCUGUGGUUUCCGGGUUUGGAUUUGGAUUUGUAAUCGGUACUACAGUGGGUUGUGUGAUUCUUGGGUAUGGAAGGCCUAAAUGGCUGGUGGAAUGGAUCUACAGAUUUUACAGGAUAAAGAUGAGUGAGAAGUCGUAGAGGAAUUGUGGUACGAGUCCACCAUAUCAAGAUGUCUAGCCCGAAGUUUUAAAUAAUACUAUAAUGGAAAAUGAGUUGUAAUAGUUCAGGGAAAUAUGAGUCUUAUUUUUAAAUAUUAUUAUAAAAUGUGAUUGAAA